AUGAAACCGCAUUCCAAUGGAGGAUCUAAGAGCCACAGACACGAGGGCAGGAAGGAAAGGCGUCAGAAAGAGGAAGAAGAGCUCAAACGGCUCAAGGAAAGAAUUGAAAAUUAUGACCCGCAAGUAGACGAAAAUGCCAUGCAACAAUUCAAUGACCUCCCCAUCACCCAAAACACUCUACGAGGACUCAAAGAAUCUGCAUUCAUUUCCCUAACAGAUAUCCAGAAAAAGACAAUUCCGUUGGCAUUAAAGGGUCACGACUUGAUGGGAACUGCCAGAACUGGGUCAGGUAAGACAUUGGCUUUUCUAAUCCCCGUUAUUGAACUUUUGAUAAAAAACGAUAUUACUGAAUACGAUGGGUUGGCAGCGUUGAUAGUGUCACCCACUAGAGAACUAGCUGUUCAGAUUUUUGAAGUAUUGGCCAAAAUUGGUAAAUACAAUUCGUUUUCUGCUGGAUUGGUUACCGGUGGGAAAGAUGUGCAGUACGAGAAGGAAAGGAUUUCUAGAAUGAACAUCUUAGUUGGAACUCCGGGGCGCAUAUCGCAACAUUUGAAUGAAGCUGUCGGGAUGGAAACUUCAAACUUACAGGUUUUAGUAUUGGACGAGGCAGACAGAUGUCUCGAUAUGGGAUUCAAAAAGCAGAUCGACAACAUCAUCCGACACUUGCCUCCAACGAGACAAACACUAUUAUUCUCAGCAACCACGACAGACAGUGUUCAGGAUUUGGCCAGAUUGUCUUUGACCAACCCCAAGAGAAUUGGUACAUCUUUAGAUCGAGAUGUAUCCGCCAUCCCGGAAUCAUUGGACCAAUACUACGUUAGAGUGCCUUUGGAGGAAAAAUUGGAUGUAUUGUGGUCGUUUAUCAAGUCUCAUCUAAAGAGCAAGAUUUUGGUGUUUUUUUCGUCAUCAAAACAAGUGCAGUACACAUACGAAUCAUUCCGUACGCUUCAACCAGGUAUUUCACUUUUGAAACUUUAUGGACGUAAUAAACAGACGUCAAGAUUGGAGACUACAAUGAAAUUUGCACAAGCACAACAUGUUUGUCUCUUUGCGACUGAUAUUGUGGCAAGAGGUUUGGACUUUCCAGCCAUUGAUUGGGUUAUUCAAGUGGAUUGUCCUGAGGAUGUUGCAACAUAUGUUCAUCGAGUAGGGAGAUCGGCAAGAUUUGGAAGACAAGGCAAAUCUUUACUCAUGCUCACACCAAAUGAGGAACAGGGUUUCUUGCAAAGACUCAAAGUCCAUAAAAUCGAACCAAAGUUGAUGAAUAUUAAGCAGAAGAGUAAGAAAUCGAUUAGGCCACAGUUGCAGUCGUUGUGCUUCAAAGACCCCGUAAUGAAGAAUUUGGGACAAAGGGCUUUUAUUGCCUACUUCAAGUCUGUGUAUGUCCAAAAGGACAAGGAGGUAUUUGAUGUUGAAAGCUUGCCCGCCAAGGCAUAUGCUGCAUCAUUGGGUCUUCCGGGGGCACCAAAGAUCAAAAUCAAGGGAGGGUCUGCUAGCAAGGAGAAAAAGAACGAGUCGAGGAAGCUACUUGCGUUAUCGAAAAGUGAUGCUGAUGGCGAGAUUGAAGAGAAACCAUCUAAAGUAAAGACCAAAUACGAUCGAAUGUUUGAAAGAAAGAAUCAAACGAUUUUGUCCGACCACUAUUUAAACUUGACAAAUAGCAAAGCUAAUGGAAAAGAGGACGAGGAGGAGGAGGAAGAAGAUUUCAUGACGGUGAAACGACAAGACCACGAAUUGAAGGAUGAUGAUUUACCAGAUUUGCUGUUGCCAGUGUCUAAAAGACAAGCAAAAAAGGCCCUUUCGAAGAAGGCAUCUCUUGCUGGAAAGGGAAAUCCGACAAAGUUGAAAUUUGAUGAUGAUGGUGUCGCCCAUCCAAUAUAUGAGCUUGAAGGUGAGGAAGAUUUCAUCAAAGCUGGGGAUGCCAAACAACAAAAGGAACAAUUUUUAUCCAAGGAGCAAGAAUUGAUGAAGGUGACUGAUGCUGCUGACAAAGAAGUGGAAAGGCAGAAGCGUCAAGAGAAAAAGAGAAAGAGGAAGGAAAUAGAGAGAAGGAUGAGGGAAGAAGAGUAUUAUUCAGAAAGUGAGGAUGAUGCUCCAGAUUUGGAGCGUGAUAUGGAGUUUGAUGACAAAAAGGUUCCAACUAGAGACACCACCUGGUUCAAAGAGGAGCCAGCGACUAAAAAACAAAAGAAGGAUGAAUUUAUUGAAAUCGAUGAGCCAGAAACUUUGGAGGAUCUUGAAUCUUUAGCAGCUAGAUUAAUUAGUAACUAG